AGGGGACGCUUGCGGCGGCCGCCCUCCUCCGGCCCUCUCUGGUUUGCUCGGCGUUAGCUGCGUUGCGCUCCGCCUGAGGCUUCGUUGGGAGGGCCGGGGCCGUGCCGGGUAGUUUGUGCCGAUUUGUGUCGAACGCCUCGAGAAAGGUGAGUAUGGGAGGCCGCCUCAGCGAGUCCCGCGCGGCCGGCUGCGCACACAGCGCGUUUGUUCUGAAGGCUGUCACUGAGUUUGUAUGGAUUUGGAAGUGAGAGGAAUUGCUGCAUCCCCUCGAAGGCAGACUCAGCUGUUGUCGAGAGAGAAGAAAUGUCAGGGUUGGAGACCAGAUACACGUGCUGCUCGGGGUCCUCGCCCCCCAGAGGUGCCGUGCCUAGAUCUAGGGAGGCUGGGAGAUUCUGAUGAUGAGGAUGGGAACUCUUACGUACCGUGCAGUAGAAGUUUUCCUCACACAGGCUCUCUAAAUUCAUCUUCGGAUUGGAGAACGUCAUUAGAAAUGCCACAUGGGCAGCAGCUACCAUCUCAACAGAAGACACUACCAGAAAAUCUGCCAACCCCUACAGACAAAUAUAAACUGAAGUAUCGUCAGUAUGAAGCAGAUAUGAAGGCAGAGUAUAAGCAGCACACUGAGAGAACUGCAGAAAAGAAAAAAAUCCACCUCCAAUGUCCAGAAGCUUCAGUAAAGGGUUCACAGUUUGAAGAUGGGCACAAUGAUGGUCUUACAGCUCUUGAUGAGAAAGCUCUCCUGCAACAAUGCUACACAAGCAAGCCCUACAAUGUGCAACACAGUAUGAGGAAAUCAGAAGCUGAGGAUGUUGCUGCAGAGAGAAAGAAACAGGCUGUGGUAGAACAAGUGAUGCUAGAUCAGUUAUGCAGAGCUGUCAUAAGUGAUCCAGAACAAUCCACACGAGGUGAUGUUUCCAAGGAAGCUCGUGGACAUUUGGGUCUUGGGACUGCACCCAUGCGUUUUAGAAAAAGAACACUGCAUGAAACAAAAAUAAGGACGAAAUCAGGAUUAACUGAAAACAUGCUCUCUAACAAGCUACGCUUUGAUAGUAGGAUUAUAUCCAGAAAUGGUCGUGAUGCUUGUAGAGACUUGAUUGGAUUCUUUUUUACAUGUGACAAAUCCCUUACUGUAUAUGAAUUCCGACAGUUUGGAAAAAAUAGAACAAAUGCCUUGCCUUUCAUUCAGAAGGGAGUUUAUCAACAUCAGCGAGGACAAAAGAAGGGAGAAGCUUAUGAUCUCAGUGAUUUCUACAUCGGAGCUAACCUAACUUUCCAAAGUGUUGAUCAUAAUCUUCCAAAAAGCAUCAAGCAGAAUCCAAUUCUGACCCUUCGUGUAAUAGGUAUUGAUGAAGCUGCUAUGGAUUUUCUAAAAGAUUCCUCCCUGAAAUUCAACCAAGAAUAUUCUGAGCAAUUGAUUGAUGACGGCAGAGUGUUCAAGAAAAUUCAAGGUAUGCUCAGAGACACUUUAAGUAAAAGAGGAGUUAGAGUUGUAACAGGCUUAGGAAAAUAUUUCCGACACAUAGACAAGAACGGCAGUGGUUUUCUUUCUCAGGCAGACUUUAAAGAAGCUCUAAAACUAUUCCAUUUGGAAGUGUCUGAACAGGACUUUGAAUCCUUAUGGCUUAUUCUUGAUGAUAGCAAGAGUGCUAAAGUCGACUAUGGAGAAUUUAUUCAUGCUAUAGCUGGAGAAAUGAAUGAAUAUCGGAAAGCAUUUGUAAGAAAGGCUUAUAUGAAACUAGAUUUCAACAAAACUGGAAGUGUUCCCAUGGUAGACAUCAGAAAAUGUUACUGCGCAAAGAAACAUCCUCUAGUGUUGGCAGGCAAAGCUACAGAAGAAGAAAUUAAAGUGUCAUUUCUAGAGACAUUAGGAGAAUCCUGCAGCAAUCCUGAAGAAGUGUCCUAUUCUGAGUUUGAAGAUUACUAUGAAGGAUUAAGUAUUGGAAUCACAGAUGAUGACGAUUUUGUUAACGUCUUAAGGAACCCUUGGGGAAUUUAGAGUGGAAGAAGACAAAAAUGAGGGAGAGACUCCUCCUGAACAAAACCAGAGCUACAUAAGGGAGGAUUUGAUCAUGAUGUGCAUUGCUUAAUAAUUAUUGCUUUAUAUUGAUUUCAAGGACUGAAAAUUUUAGAUGCUUUCAGAAUCAUACAAGACAUGGUAAGUUUCUUAGAGUGCCUUUUGAGCAGAAAUGACCACUGUUUUAAUGGAAAUGCUCUUUAUGCACUUUCAUGGCCUGUUCCCCAUACCAGGAGGCAUCAUGCAGUGGAGGUUUAAACAAAGAGACUUAUUUUAAAAGUAAGUCGAAUAGAAUACUAAAAUGUAUGUAUGAGUAAUGCAAGAAAAAAAAAAAGUUUUAUGAUUGUUUUGACAGUGUAGGCACGGUAUCUUUUUUUUUUUUCAGUUUUAUUUUAUAAAAAUAGUAUAAUUGCUCUUAAAACAUUAUUUGCUUUAUUUCUCCUUUACUGUGUUGGUGAUCAGCCUGGAAAAGGCCAUCUUCAUCCAAUUUGGAGGACGUCUGCUGUACUGAAAAUGCAGAGAAGUUCACACAAAUUAGUUUUGAAACCAGUACCCAGCUCAUCUUUACUGAUCUUAUUUUUUCGUCUUGGUCAGGCGUCUGAAGCUGAAUGUUGAACACCAAAGGCUUAAUAAGCACAAGUAUAUUUUUUCUGCCUAUGUUUUGCUAAAUUAUUUUCAAAUCAGAUUUGUAUGUAAAUAUCUGACUUUUCUACUUUGAAUUUCUGAGAGUUUUUUUUUUAAUUAAGCAAUUAUAUCCUUUGUCAGACUAACAUGCAGAACUUCGUGUCUAAUUUAAAAGUAUAGAUCAGAAAAAUCUGUAUUGAAAGAGCACCAUUGCACCAAAAACUAAAUUCUGAAUUAAAAUAUUUCUUACUACUUCAGAUAUUUAGCCAGGUAAGCUUUUCUAUGUAAUACAUCCUUUUAGUUCUGUAAGGUUAAUUGUGUUAAGUAACAAAAAAUGUGUUAUUAACAAAUUAUAUAUGCAUGUAUUGAUACCUUUGGUUUCAGUGUACCUCUCACCAAAAUUAACUGUGUGUUGAACUGGAUUUCUUAAGCUUAUGCAAUUGCAGUAUAUUCCUUUUCCCCUUGCUGGUCUGACCAGUUCUGAAUGUAUAGCUUGGGGUUCAGGGGACUUCCUCUGAAACAGAAUUUGUGUUCUACAGAAAUUUAGGGACAGUGCUGAAAUGAAUGCUAAAAUGAGGGACUUUAGACCCCCUGUGUCUGACUGGUUUGUUCUAGAUACAGCAUUUUUGUGUUCUAAUUACUUAUGUUUUUGUUAUCAUCUGAAUUUCUGUAGCCUGACCUUUCUUGUAAUUAGAAUUGCAGUUUCUGCUCUGAACCUUCAAAUGAAGGAUUUUUUUUUUCCCAGUUCUUUUGAGGCUGCAGAUGUCUGCGUUGGUUUACAAAACAAAGCAAAAUUCUGUCAUUGCUUAUUCUAAGAAGAGUUCUGAUGUGGCUCAUUACAAUCUUUUUAUUCCCCAUUCCUGCUGAAAUUUCUCUUGCUGGUAAGGUUCUGUCAGUUGCUCAUGGAACUGGUGAUUCUGAAAUGGACACGCUCAGCAGAAGCUGCACAGGUCCUAUGUGCUGCAAAUUAAGUGCUUUUUAAAAUUUUUUUUAAGCACAAAACUUGGGUGAAUGAUGUACAUGAAUGAUAUUUCUAUAAUUUUUGUAGUAAUGCUUCUUCAUCUGAAGUCAAAAUUUUAGUUGGUUAAUCUACAAUAAACUCUAAAGGUCAAAAAUUGCCUAAAAAAUGUAAGUAUGUACUCUAGUAAUUCUGAAAAACCUGCUAGGUAUUUCAUUUCUAUUAACUUCAAGGUCAGUUACACAUCAGUGGCUGCCUCUAAACAUCAGCUAUAAUGUCUCUGAAUUUUUAAUGGAGUUCACAAAAGCUCCUGUUUUAAAAAGUCGUCUUCCAUUUGCCUGCUGUUAUUUGUUCUGUCAGCUUAAGAAAGUGGCAAAGAAUUGACACAAACUUCUAUGCAAACCUGGCACACCGUGCUCACAGUUAGUUGUAAAACCAGAAGGACUGAAACCAUAUUCAAACCAAGGUCUGUGACAUCUGAUUCUUUUUGUUUUCUGUAUUGGAAGCAAGCACCCAUCAAUGCUGUCCAUCUUAGUCGGUACUGUUCCUCUUUGGAAAUCAGAUAGCAAAGAAAGGCAGGGCAGCAACGCGAUUCUGUAAACCCCAACAGGUUUUCUUUUUCUCUCAGUAUCUAAUAAGUUUGUUUGUUUGAAGGGGCUUGAAAUCUGCUUCUAUGGUUGAAUUAUUCAGAACUGAGAAUAACCAACCAUUGUGAUCUGUAUUGCUGUGUUCCAGUACUCAGAAAAGCUGUCAAAAGAUGUUCUUAGUAGCAGCGGUCUCAAUGCUCUGCUUAAUUGUGUUCUGAUUUGUUCUUUUUUAAUUGUGAAUCAUUUGAUGAACCCAAAGCCUUUUCUUUGGUCAAUGCUUUGUAACUUUAACACUUUCUGGAUAUAUCUGCUGGGGCUUAAUGCCUCUAAAUGUGUUUGAACAAAACUCUUUUCUGUAUUUCCUGCCUUAGUAUCUCAAAGUUGCUUAUGUUUUCUGAAUUAGAAUGUGUUUUUAAACAUGGUGUUCUCAGCCACAGAACUGGCUUCUUUCCUUAAAAUUACUAAAAACUAGUGGUCUUAAUGACAGCCUAAUUUAAACUUAUGCUAAGAAGUCUUAGCAGUCUGAUGUAAUUGAGAAUAGGAGAAGUCCAUUAUGCUGCAAGCAUGUUUUGUCCUAAGAAAUGCAUGCACUCCCAGAAGACAAGUGAAAAUUAAUGAAGUGAUAUAACUUCUCAAUCUUAAGGUCUGAGACCAUUUCAUCAAGCAAAUGUGCACUGGUAAUACUGGCUGGAAUGUUUGUGGACAUUUUAAGAAGCAAAAUACAAGCACCUGUACAAAUAAUCAGAAUUUUCUCUUUUGUCAGUUAAUGGAAAUGUAGCAUCCUCACCUGGGAUAGCUCUGGUGGUAAGAUAAGGUGUUCUGACUGAUUUACACACACAAACUUAUUUUUCUUCCUUAAGAGCCACGGCCAGAUGAUCAAAUUCUAUUCUCCUUCAGGGACAGCAUCCCUGCUAAAACGUGCGCACUGAGGUAUUCUUUAGUUUGUGUCUGGUUUAGAACAGGUUAUCUCUCAUGUAAAACAGAAAGCCUAGAAUUGAUUUCUUCUGUGUUGGUCUACAUAAGCCCAUACAAAAGCAAAACAGGUAAGUUUCUGUGGAAGAAAAGGGGCUGGUACAAAAUAGCGUAAUUUUUUCUGUGUGUAUAACAUCUAAUAAUCUAUUUUUCCUCUCCUUUAUAGUCAUGAAUUAGAGACUGAGCCAAUUCUGUACUGGGCUUUCAUGUUGUUACCUUUGUCUAUUGGAAGCUGAGUCAGGUGGACUCUGCUUUGUAAUCCUGAGGUAUCACCAGUGAUGACAGAGGAAGCUAGCAUUUCCUUCCAGACCCAAACAGGCUGUUUUUUUCCCCACAGGAGUUAUACAUGUAUAUGCACACACACAAACACGCACACACUUCUCCAAAAGUAAUAGCUCCUGUUUAUUUCCAGGGAAGUUACAACAGAUACAAAGAGCACAGUAACACCAUUUGAUAGAGCAAAUUCUCAGGUACAAAACAAUAUUUUUCAAUUCCAUUAGCUAUGCAUUUUCACUAGCAAUGAACAAGAGACCACAUGCCAUGCUUGUAAACAUCAGCACUAGCGCAAGCGACCCACAGUUACCGCUGCUGAAAUGCGCCACCCACUGCCUCAUGGUGAUCACUGCCUCCGGUUGGUCUCCAUCAACAUCCAGCAAGCAUCAGUGAAUGUCAGUAGGUGCAUUUUUUUCUGCAUGGAGGAAUUCAGUGACACACUAUUGCUUCAUAUGUACUUCCACGUCAGCGCCGUUGUGUCAGACUGCCCCUCUGCUGCCAUCUGUCACAGCAACAAAGUGUAAUGGGACACUGGUGCGAAGCUUCAGCCUCUGUGGCCAUACCACCAACAUCUGCCUCUGAUGUCAGGGGUCAACAUAGUAAAAUAAGAGGCACUGCUUUUCAAACAGCCCUUGUGAUGCCCCAGCAUUACCUUGCUGCUGGCUCCUAGGCAGCUUUUGGGAUGGAGAUGACUUACACACAUCUAAAUUUUUGUCUUGGCCACACUAGAACAAGAAAGCUGACCUUAUGGCGAAGCUACUGUUCUUUUUUGUUUUGUUUUGUUUUUUAGCUUUCGAAAACAUCAAGCAGUUAUAUGGUCUGGCUGCAAGCAAGUAUAAUGGAGAGGGUAGAGAGUGAAUGGAGAUGAACUAAAGCAAAUACAUAAAAAAGAAAAAAAAGCAAAAGACAUCAAAUAAUAGUACUUUUAGGGGCAGUAGGGGAGAUGAAACAGUAGAAAGGCAGCAGGGAUUUGCCUUGAUGGAAGCUGGGAGCUAAACUCAGUAGGAACUGAUUAAUUCAGAUUCCAAAUGUCUCUGUUACAAGGGUCCCUCUCAGUGUCAAGGAUACUUGUGGUGUCUGUUUUUUUUUUUUUUUUUUUUUUUUUUUUUUAAUCCUGCCUCUGGGGCUAUUGAUAACUCCAUGUCUGUUCUUACUUUGAGGUUUGGCCAGGGCCCUCACAAAACUCGCUUUGGUAGGAAAAUGCUGUGGGGGAAGCCUACUUUACCUUGCUUUACACUUUAUGUGAGGAAACCCUGGGCCACUAUAGGAGUGUGCAUGUUAAAAUCAGUGGAAACUAAAAUAGCAGCUUCAGUGAUCUAUCUUAAGCACUACUCCCUUUUCUUACAACCUAUGCUAAGUAAGUGCACAAUUAAUGACUCCUAUGACUAAUUCUUAGAUCCUGUGAUUCGUCUUGGCAUGAAUUAGAUCCUGUACUCAUGCUGGUAAAAUUACUCCCCUGAAGUCACUUCCUCUGACGGUAGUAUUCGCCUUGCAGAUGUUAGUCAUUAAGCACAAGCUUCAUCUGUGAGGAUUGCACUUGUUUUCAUGCAGUAGAUGUUGUUGAAUUGACCCUUUUUCAACAUUUCAAGACCAAAUAAACACCAACAGAGGUCAAA